CAUAAACCACACGACGCGGAAAAAGGAAAAACCCCAAAACACAAAACCCUGAUUAACCUCUAAAACCUCAGGACUUUCGCACACUCCCACUACUUCCACCUUUCUUUCUCCGGCCGCUCUGCAAGUGAGGACGGUGGUGGUAUUCAAAGAUGGAGUACGUUAAUCCGGAAGGUCUUCGCUUAGAUGGUCGCCGUCCCAUGGAGAUGAGACAAAUUCGUGCUGAAAUAGGGGUUGUCUCAAGAGCUGAUGGCUCUGCUUCUUUUGAAAUGGGUAAUACCAAAGUCAUUGCUGCAGUUUAUGGUCCUAGGGAGGUCCAGAACAGGAGCCAACAGAUCAAUGACCAGGCGCUGGUACGAUGCGAAUAUAGCAUGGCUAAUUUCAGCACUGGUGAUCGCCGAAGAAAAAAUAAGGGUGACAGGAGAUCCACAGAGAUAUCUCUUGUUAUUCGCCAGACAAUGGAAGCUUGCAUAUUGACACACUUAAUGCCUCGAUCUCAGAUAGACAUUUUUGUCCAAGUUCUCCAAGCAGAUGGAGGUACAAGAUCAGCAUGCAUAAAUGCUGCCACGCUGGCACUAGCUGAUGCUGGGAUUCCCAUGCGUGAUCUUGUCACAUCGUGCAGUGCUGGAUACCUGAACAGCACGCCUCUUCUUGAUCUAAACUACUUGGAAGACAGUGCUGGAGGCCCUGAUGUCACCGUAGGAAUUUUACCUAAGUUGGACAAAGUGACCCUUCUGCAGAUGGAUGCUAAACUACCCAUAGAUACUUUUGAAACUGUCAUGCAAUUAGCAGUUGAAGGCUGCAAAGCAGUGGAAAGCUAUAUCCGGGAAAUAUUAUUGGAAAACACCAACAAGUUGGAGAUUCGCCGAGGUGUAUAGUUUUUAAUAGUUCGAGGAGCUUUUAUUGAGUUUUUGUUUGCUAUAAAUGCCAAAAGACAAAUUGGGAUCCUGGUUGUGCUGCUGCAAUCUCUCUAAACAAUGGUGGAUCAAGAAGUUAACCGUACAAAUCUGCGAGAACCUGUGGAGAAAAUGAUCUUCCCUAGUGUUUCUGGCUUGCCUAAUGUCUUUUGUGGUUGUAGGAUGUGUACUUUAUGGAUCCAUAUUAUAUUUGAAGAUUAAUGUGCGCUAAAGUUAAUUUGGAACUGUAUCGAAGAAGUUUUUGGUACGGGAGACCAUAGGAGAAGCCCAUCGUUUACUGUUUAAUUCUAAUUUUGGUCUUGGAAAGUAAUAUGGUUUUGCA